CAAACAAACAAAUUAGGCCUGUUCAGUAAACGAUUAGACUACAAUACAUUAAAACAUAAGCUUUGAGAUAAAUUGAUCUAGACUAGACUAGAUCUUACAGUUAUCAUAAAAAUGAGCAUUUGAACAAUUCAUCAAUUGGCAAAAAAUACCUACUUUUAACUAAGGGAAUCAUCUGUGUUAUCCACAGUUGAAGCAUUGGCUAACUUAGACAAGUGCACCGAAUAUCUAAGAUUCAACGUCUACAGAUCAAAUUAUUUGGUUUUCUAACGAGGGUAACAAAGCUGUACUUGUGACAUGAACCACUUCUGACACCAACAGUUAGGAGACAAAGUAUGAACUUGAGAACCAUUCCCUUUUACCGUUUCACCACAUUGACUUCGAACUUUGCUUAGGGAAGCACUACAUGUGGUCAGCGAUUUCUGAUCCAGAUUCCAACCGUGAGAGUCCCAUCCAAGGACCUUCAUAACCCGAGAGUGACCUUUCUUAUGGUAACAGACUCUUUUGCUGCUGAGGUCAGUUUGCUGUACCACAGGACAGAGCAAGAACGUGACCCAGAUCGUUUCAUAUUAAAACAUUUAGUGUUACAGAGUACAGAACCUCUGCCAGCAGAACUAUUACCAAGGGAGUACCUAGAACGUUCGUGGACUUUUGAGUUUGUGUCGAAUAAGACAGACUUCUGUCUCUGUGUUCAUAUUGAAAUAGCCCCCAAGUCGUCCCUGAGGUGGAUGGUACUCCCUGUGGCUGGAUGGGGUUUGAAGUAUUAUGUCGUCACAUUCCACUACGCCCCUUCCAUAACAAUAACAGCCGCCGAGAACAGUACUGUGUACAUAACACUCAAGUAUUCCACCUCCGUAACAGCAAAGGCGGCAAAAAGUGCCAAUAAUUCAUACCUGACUGUACCACUUGAAAGAAAUCAGGCAAUGCAUUUAGCCAUAUGUGAAAAUAUUGAAACAGCCCUUGGCUCAUUUAUAGGUACGUACGUGCAGAGUAUCAAGCCUAUUGGUGUUGUCCAUGGAACUUGCUAUCAAUACUAUCCCAACGUCAAAGAUUGUAGAAAACCUAAUAAAGAGCAGCUAGCUAUUGGUCGUCAAGAAAUGGUUUCGGACAUGGCACCUCCAGUGGAGAGCUACGGCCGAGAGUUUAUCACCCUCCCCAUGAGCGUUAGCAGGCUGGCCCGCUACAUGGCCCUGGCCUCUGAGUCCUUCACAACAGUCAAUGUUUCCUCAACCACAACGAUAACUCUAUUAGAAAACGCUGGAGAUUUUAACUACAUAGUAGUGAACUUUAUGCCCACCAAGAUCUCUAGCUCAAAGGCAAUUCUUCUAGUCCUUGUAGCCUCGUCUCUGUGCAACAAAAUUUACCUUAGCGAUGUCUCUCCAGCUCUGGUCUACAUCGUGCCCGUCAAUUUAUACUAUUUCGAUUACAUUUUAUGCGUUCAUCCUUCUGAUCAAUUACAACAUAAAGUCAUUUUUAUAGCGCCCCGCCUUGGCAAACAGUCCAUCCUACUGGAUAAUGAAAACAUUACCAACGCCACAUGGACUCGUGUCAAGGGAAAGUCUAGUUGGUUGUUUACGUCCAUCCCUUUGAACGCCACCCCAACUUGCCAACAAGCCUUCAUGACUGCCAACGGUCGCUUCGGCUGCUACAUGUACGGUUUCAACAUCUCGACUCGUCACACUGGCUUCCUGCUACCCGUAGGCUACAUCUCCUCACCGAUCAACACUCCUUGCCAAGCGUCUAUUCCAGUGAUUGGCGACUUGGAAGAUAAUGAUUGCGAUAUGAAUAUAGAUGAAGAAUGGAUGGACGGCAAAGACAAUGACAACGAUGGAAGGACAGAUGAGGACGUCGGUGUAAAUCAUGGUUUCUGGGGCAAGUGGACAAGCUGGACCUGCUCCAAGAACUGUUCUGACGCUAACAUUUAUAGGUAUAGGGCCUGUGAUAACCCAGCACCAUCAAUUAGGGGAAGGGAUUGCUCUGGGAUGACAUCUGAAACUCGUCCCGAGCUGUGUCAUCAGAGCAAGCCAUGCCCUGGCGUUACCAGUACUGCAGCCAUAGACAAGACAAAGCUGGUAUCAACAGGGAAAAGGACUCCGGCUAUUACAACGUAUGCAAAGACUCUGAACACAACCACGUCAUAUGAAGACGUCGACUAUUGGACUUCCUGGUCUCAGUGGAGCUGCAGUCAAGUGGAUUGUACAGAUACCAGACUUUUUCAAAUAAGAUCUUGUAACCACAGUUCGAAUACAACGUGUGUCGGAGAUGAUGUACAAUACAAGAAUGCUUGGUGUUACAUUAACGAUACAUGUCCCAAAGACUGCCCGGUCGGGACAUGGGGACUUAACUGCAAAAAGCAAUGCCGAAACUGUGACCCGGACUGUGAUAAGUUUAACGGCACGUGCAAGCUGUGCCAGCCUGGUUUUCAGUAUCCGAACACGUCAUGCAGCUCAGAAUGUUCACCGAUGCGUUACGGCUUCAACUGUCGAGAGGACUGUUACCUCAAAUGUAAAACUGACUGUAAAGAAAAGGUCACUGGUAUUUGCCCAUCUGGACUCUCACAGUUUCUCCCCAUGUUUUUAUUAAUACCAAUUAUUCCACUGACUGUGUUAUUUUUGUUAGGUAAAAAGAUGUCAUUAUCUGAAAAAGACGAAAACUCUUCUGAUGGACUAAAUUUAACCAUCACAGGUGAAUUAUGAUCAAUUUUCUUAAUGGCGAGAAAAACAAAACACGUUUAAAUAAAAAAAAAA